AUGGAAGUGAAGCAAGCAUUCGAGUAUUUCGCACUAUUAGAACAGCAAUUCUGGAAAAACUUGGACCAAAAGACCAUCCAGCAUAUCACAUUUGCUGGAGAUCUAAAACCAGAAGACAUGCUAUUGUAUGGUGAGUUUGGUUUCGCACUACUCGGAUUGAAACCAGCAGUGCUAGUCGAGUUCUGUGAUGAGACAAUCAACAAACUCUACCUCGAGACUGUAGUAGAACCAGUGCUUUACGCAAUGAAGGAAAAAACACUGGACUAUCACAUCAUUCAGCAUGCCGUGACACCCGAAUCAGCUUUGAGUGGCUGUAUAUUCAUCUAUCAAACCAAGCAGAGUACAUUGCCAGAACUAGCAUUCAUCAUGUCUAACACAGCAACAGCAACAACGGAUACAGAAGUGACAGAAGAGAGCAUGGCUACUAUUUUAGAUUAUCCAGGCCAUCUACCUAACACUGAAAAGGAAAUAUCAACCAUGUUGUCAGUGAUAUAUUUCCACGAUAGGUCGGGCCAAAAAGGAUUAAUAGCAUUGACGUCUUUUGCUAUUCAAAAGCCUGAAAAAGAAACGACACUAGCCCAUUUUAAACGCUAUCAAGAUGUGUGUAAAGACAAGUUGAAUAUUGAUUUGAAGCUAUUAAUUCAAUAA